AAAGCACGGACCGGAAAAAUAGAGGAAAAUGACCAACGAAGGAAAUCCCACAGCCGAGGGCUUCACGCACUGUACCCUAUUGGCAAGCGUCGAUGCGUACAACCCCGAUACGCUGGAUCUUUAUCAGGAUUUGGAGGCGAAUCGGUAUUGGUUCGGUUGUUUCUACGAUAUGUUGGGCAAGUUCGAACGCCAAGCAAUGGUGAGCCAGCCGACAGAUGCGAGUGCAAAAACCCGUGCCCAAUCCUUCCGGGCACACUGUGUGGCGGUGUUCGAUCAGUUGCAGAAGGACAGACGAGACACGGGCACAUUAGGCAUCAGAAAUCUGCUGGAGGUGAUUGAAAGUGGUCUGCGAAAGUUUGGAUUUGACGAUCCCUGGAAGGAACAGAAAACGAUCGAAAAUAAAGCAUCCAUUGGACUGCUAAAACAUCGCCUACAACAGCUGGACAGCAUAGUGAGCGAACGGGAAAAAUGGACCGAGCUUGUCCGUGGUGUAUUAGCUGGCAAUAUGUUCGAUUGGGGCGCUCAGGCUGUGACAAAAAUUUUAGAAACAAAUAACGGAUUCGGCCUCCAGCAAGCGUUGGAUCGAAUACAAAAAAGACCCUGGCUGAUUGACGAUCUCGAUGGCUGGCUUAAUAGGAUUGAGCACGAGCCACCACAUCAAUGUGCUACGAUUUUUACCGAUAAUGCCGGCAUAGACUUUGUGCUGGGCAUUGUACCGUUGGUGCGGGAAUUGCUGAAGCGCAACACCAAAGUGUUGCUGUGCGCAACAUUGAAUCCAGCGAUCAACGACAUUACCUACUCAGAGCUGACCCGAGCGAUAGCCGACUGCUGCCAGGAAUGUGACAUACUGCGGAAGGCCUACAGCGAACAGCAUCGAUUGUUGCUGUUCGGGAACGAUCAAAUCGGUCCAUGUCUUGACUUUCGAAUGAUUUCUAAAGACGUAUCGGCAGCAAUCGAACAAAAUCAGGUCGAUCUGUUAAUUAUCGUCGGAAUGGCACGAGCAUUGCACACCAAUCUGUACGCAAAAUUCGUGUGCGAAACAUUCAAACUGGCUGUUGUAAAGAACGAAUGGUUGGCAAAACGGUUAGGGGGCGAAACGUUUUCUGUGGUAUGUAAAUAUGAAAGGUAAUAUUACG